ACUCGGCCACUCCCAUACGACCUCACAGCUCUUCAUCAUUCCUGCAUUCGCUCAAAGCCGUUCAGCUAUGGGAGAGGUUGUGAACGUUCUCGUCGCCGUUGCUGUAAUUGUGCUCAUCGUUCGGUGGGCAACAUCCGGGAAGGAUGCAACGGCUGAGCCAUCUCCUUCCACUGUUCUGGGGUUUCGACCCAAGAAUGUUACGAUAGAGAUGGUCGAGACGGUGCAUAGCAUGUUCCCCGAUAUUCCAAGUGAUAACAUCCGAUACGAUCUGCUCCGCACAGGUAGUGUGCAGCAAACAACCAACACCAUUCUAGAGCGUGGUUUCCUGCCUGCUGUAGGUCCUCAUGCGUUCUAUGCGUCUUUCAUUGCUUACAUCUCGGCAUGGAAGCCUCCACCUGCAUACUACACGAUCUAUCCUCGUGCCGUAGAUUCCACUCACAGCCCUGCUGGCACCCUCCGCCCAACAACCGCGGGCAGCUCCACCGGCAACAAGCCAAGCUCGGAAAACCUCAUCACGCGGUAUACCCUACAAGACCGGAUUGUGGCCUCUUCUGGUGUGUCCGUCACGACGCCUGAAGAAGCGGGAGGGAAAGCGGUAUGGGAGGACAGUCCGGAGAAGCGCGAAGCGAGUCUGCGGGAGAGGAAGGCACGAAUGGUCCUCGCUGCACGACAGCGGCUUCUCGAGCAGCAACAGGCAGCCCAAGCUGGCUCAUCCUCUGCUUCAUGAGCGUCUCGUCUGGAUGUCUUGAUCGCGUCGCUUUCAGUUCCGGCUGAAAAUCUUCAAAUUGUGUACAUUGUCUGACUGGAGCCUGUGCUACAAUUGAUGGAUCAUCUUAAACCUCGCAACUCUC